AUGGCUUUCAACCAGCUGUCACGAUAUGCACCAAUGUUAGUGGAUACUUAUGAGAAGCGCGCAGAGAAAUUCAGGAACGGACUGCGCCACGAGAUAUCGAUCUCCCUAGCAAGUCAGGGAGGUCUCACUUAUGCACAAACUCUGAGCAGGGCUCUCACCAUUGAGUCAUUGCUACCAAGGGAGAAAGGAAAGGCUCCUGGACAGUCUGGAUUCGUGCCACCUCAAGAUGGUGGCAAAGGAAAAAGAAAGUGGAACGAGGGAACUGGAGGAAACCCUGGGAAUGGAAUUGGGAAGAAACCAUGGGUUGCUAACCAAAAUCAGAAUCAACGUCAGAACCAACAGUCGCAAGCAAUGGGACGACCCCUAUGCCCAAGUUGUGGGGAAACUGGGCACUAUACUUCAGCAUGUCCAAAGAAGAACGGAGGAGCACCUCAACAGCGAAACCCCGGGAAUCAGCAGCAACAGAACCAGGGUCGUGGAGGACAUCGGGGACCGCCUCAAAAUGCUAGGGCAUAUGCCCUUAACCAAAACCAAGCAGCAGGAAACCAAGGAAACUUGGCAGGUAUGAUUAAUGUCUUUGACGUGCCGAUAAUAGCUUUGUUUGAUACUGGAGCGUCCCACUCUUUCAUUUCACAUGCUGCUUGUAAGAGAUUAGAACUGACUCCACAAUUGGCUGAGACAACUUUAGAGGUUAGCACCCCUGGUGGUGGAAGAUUGGCUGCUAAGGACGUUAUCUCGAACUUAGAGCUGAACAUAGGUGCUGAAACGUUUAAGGGAUGGACUGGCUUACUCAAGUCGGUGCCACGAUACUGUGCAACGAGAGAAAGAUCUCUUUCAAAUCCGCUGGAAAUGAGAAGGCAAGUUUUCAUGGAAUAA